AUGUCUGAAGUAGGGUUGCAGAUUUCUUCCAGCUCAAUGGAUUCCUACUUGAGGCAAGUUGUUCCUGUGCUGCAGACAUGCAGGCAAGCUGUUCGUGAAAUUACCCAAAGGGAUCUUAAAAUACAAGGAAAAGACAGAGGAACCUUAGUUCUUCAUGUCAUCUUUGAGAUUAGACCAGAUGAACAGCAAGGUAAAAGACUUCGCUCUCGCAAUCCAUCUAGCGCCGAUGUUAAGACAGAUGAAGAAGCAUUCGUUUUGAUUGAGCAAGUCAAGAUGUUUGCUGAUAAAUUGAGAGAUGUGGCUUUGAAAGUACUUGAUGUUAGGAAAGAGAUGGAAAGAGAAGACAGUACUUUAUCUAGAAAAAUAAAGAAACUCACAGAAUUGAAAAAGAGUCUUGAUGAGUUCACCAGACUUCUGGACACAAUUGUAAAUUUUUACUCUGCCAAAUUGUUAGGCUUCCAUCCCACAGUUGACCUUCCUGCAUUGGAAGAUGUUAAAAAAUUGAAAGAACAAUUGAGUCAUCUAAAAAGUCAACUGAAGAAAGAUGAACUUUCUUCUUUGUUUGCUUCAUAUGAUGCAGAGUUCAGCACAAGUAAUGAAGUAAUUAUAUGCACCAUGUUAGGUCUCAAUGAUGAUUAUGGUUAUUAUCUUCAAGAACUAGAUACAGAAGUUCUAAUGCAUCAGCCUAUUUUGUAUUAUUUACAGAAAUCCAUAGAGAGUCAAGAGAAUGAAUGGGAGGCAGAUGGGAUUCUGCAUCAGUCUGGCAAAAAAGUGUUAGCAGAAAAUCUUCAUAGGUUUGGUUUCACUAAAGAAACUGCUGCAUUAAUCGUUCAGCACAUUCCUGAUGAAUUUGUUGAUUUACAGAGACCAUCAUACUGGGCUGUUCGAUAUCUGGAUCAUAUGUGUCGGCAUCAUCCACUUUUGUCUUUUAACCUCAGAUAUCCACAAAAUCAACAUCUUGUCGAUGAAUGGUUUGAAUUGAAACUGCUUGUUGAUUCUGGUAAGGCAACAGAUUCUGAGGAUGCAAAGCCUAGCUUCAGUGGGAUAAGAUAUCCAGUUGCUGUAGAGCACUGUUUAACUGAGGUUGCAAAGCUUGAUUUAGCCACGCCAAAAGGUUCUGUGGCUGUACAAAGUGGCUUAACUGAGAUGAGAGAUUCUGAGGCUGCCAAGCUUAACUUGACUGAGAUCAAACACUUUGAAGAUGCAAAUCUGUGUGCUGUCAGGAUGAUUAAUAUAUCUUCCGACAAAAGUCUGGGUAAUGUUCUUGUUCAGACAUUGUUGAAGGAACUAAAGAGUGAUGAAAAUGUUCUGCUUUUCCAUGGAACUACACAUGAAAAUGCCAUGUCUGUUGUUGCUAAUGGAAUUAUUUUAACAAAAGGUAGCAAGAGGCAGGAUUUUUCUAACGGGGAUGGAUUCUAUUUGUCAGAUAAAUUUGAAAAUGCCAGGGCUUGGAGUCAAGCAGGCAGAGGAGGACAUCAAGCAGUUGUUGUGUACAAUGUUAACAGAAGUCUGCUAAACUCGGAUGAGAACAGUGGUUUAGACUUGAGUCAGAACCUGUCUCGAUGGGAAGAAGUGGUGAGAUGUUGCAGGAAUGGGUACACAAAUAGAAAGAUGACAAAGAGUCUUAAAAAAUAUGCUUUCAUUCAAGGGCCACCAUGUAAGAAUCCAGGAGACAUUGAAGGAAGUAACCCACUGCAGCCGCUCGAAGAGGCCAGCAUUCAGCUUUGUAUCCGUGAUGAUUCAUUUGCUGAGGAGUUUGGCACCCUAAGUAAUGUGGCGUGUGUCAUAUUUUAUUAA